GUGGCUCCGAGAGGGGCGUGGAAAAGCCGCUGUGCCCGAGCUGUCGGCAUAGAUUAGUUUGUCAACAAUGUCGAGCGUUAAGAGCAUUGUAUGGCCCAAGGUCAUUCUUUAUGGCGACUCUAUCACACAGUUUUCUUUUGAACAUUUCGGAUGGGGGUCUGCCAUAUCAAGUAGGCUAGCUCGGAAAUGCGAUGUAAUAAAUCGUGGUCUGUCGGGGUAUAAUAGCGAAUGGGCUAAGAUUAUUCUGCCACGGGUUAUCAACCGGGAGAACAUGGACACACAGAACAUCGCAGCAGUCACCAUCUUCUUCGGAGCAAAUGACUGUGCCUUGAAAGAAAAGAACCCACAGCAACACAUCCCUAUUGAAGAGUAUGCUCUGAACCUUAAGAGCAUGGUCCAGUAUUUGAAGACUGUCAGUAUCCCGGAAGAGAAAGUUAUUCUAAUAACAUCACCCCCUCUGGACGAGGCAGCUUGGGAAAAGGAGUGCAUUGUGAAAGGGUGUGCUCUGAACCGUCUCAAUGCCGUUGCUGGACAGUAUGCCCAAGCCUGUGUUCAGGUAGCUGCAGAGUGUGGGACUGAGGUCCUUGACCUCUGGACCCUGAUGCAAAAGAAUGGCCAGGAGUUUUCCUCGUAUUUGUCUGAUGGACUUCACUUGUCAGACAAAGGGAAUGAGUUUGUCGCACUGCACCUGUGGCGUCUACUGGAGAAGCGAGUGGCCAGCCUGCCCCUGAUCCUGCCAUACUGGGCGGACGUGGAUCCUCUCAGUCCUGAAACGAGCCUACUGAAAGAUUCCGGUCAAGAAAAAUAGCAGCGUCAUCUGGUCUUUUGAAACCUACCAAUCGUGCAAUUGUUUGCUACAUGCACGCCCGAGAAGCUCCCAACCUGCUAAAACCACUGUAUGCGGGAGAUGCCCCAUUUCAAAUCAAUGUUGAGACUAUAUGUUUGUUUGUCUGUUAUGUAGUACAAGAUAUAUAUAUAUUAUUUGCUCUUGCAUACAGUUAAGAAAAAAGGUACUUUGGGAUUCCUAAAGCAGACAACCACGUAAUGUUUCAUUCAGGGAUGUUUUAAAAUGAACAUGGGGUUCAAAAUGAAUAGUGAUCCUCAGACGAGUAUUUCCAGGAAAACUACUGAUACUUUCAAGUGAAUCGCUCAUUGGAUUUGUUUUGAAGUAAAAUGGUUUUCACAA